AUGGAGUGGAAACUGAAACCCGAGCUCGAACCUCCAGUUGAUCUCUUUAAUGGGAACAUUGUCUCACCUCUUGAGGAUAUGUCGUUCAUAGGUCAAGCCCCAAAUUUCAUCCCCACAGGUGACAUCAUUCAGCAAAGUAUAACACCCAUCCCAGACAAUAAUAGUAGUGAUUCUUCUAAAGACCAGGUAGUGAACAAGAAAAAGGAACAAAACAGAGCGGCCCAAAGAGCUUUUCGUCAACGUAAAGAGGCAAAAAUUCAAGAACUUACAGAACUUCUAAACCAGUCCAAGAAAGAAAAUUACUCUUUGAAGUUGCAGCUCGAUCAACUGAAACAGAGCCUGAAUCCACGGGAACCAAAAGAUUUGAAUUACGAAUUUCCGAGUACGAAAAAUGAGUUUAUACACACAUUGCUCAAAGAUAACACGAAACAUAAUUUAAGUGGAGCAGACGUUAAUGUCUCUAAAACGUACACCGACUGCGAUCAAGAACUGCUCACCAUUAGUGCCGUAUGGGACUAUUUAGACCAAAAAAGGUCUAAUAUAGAAGAAAAUAGUCAAGAGCUGGACAUUCAAAGUAUCGUUGAGUCUCUUAAAGGAAAUGAGAGAUGCCAUGGAUAUGGACCAGCUUAUCCCAAGUCGUUGAUCGAUGAAUUGGUUUGUCAAUAUACAUAUGAUUCUUGA